GAUACCCCAUAUCCAAUGCUGAUUCACCCUUGUGCUCUCUCCCUCCAGGACCCCUCGGUGACACAGCUCACAAACACCAGCCAAAGUGGCUUGGAUGAAUUCAACCCCUUCUCUGAGAGCUCCCAGCUGACAAAUGCAGCACGGACGACGCCGGCGGCGCAGCCCUCGGGCCACUCGCAGCCAGCUGUGCUGCAGACAUCUGUGGAGCCCACACCACAGGCCGUGGCUGCAGCAGCACAGGCAGGGCUGCUCCAGCAGCAGGCAGAGCUAGAGAGGAAGGCAGCUGAGCUGGAGAAGAAGGAAAGGGAACUGCAGAGCCACGCAGCCAGCAUCGACCCGAGGCAGAACAACUGGCCACCUCUCCCCAGGAGGUGUCCCAUCAAGCCCUGCUUCUACCAGGAUUUUUCUGCAGACAUCCCAGCUGACUACCAGCGGAUAUGCAAGAUGCUCUACUACUUGUGGAUGUUGCAUUCCAUCACCCUGCUCCUAAACCUGCUCGCUUGCCUGGCGUGGUUCACAGCUGACACCAGCAGAGGAGUGGACUUUGGUCUCUCGAUUCUGUGGUUAAUUUUAUUCACCCCUUGUGCCUUUCUCUGUUGGUACCGACCAAUUUACAAGGCUUUCAGGUCUGACAGCUCCUUCAGCUUCUUCGUCUUCUUUUUCGUCUUCUUCUGCCAAAUAGCAAUCUACAUCAUCCAGGCUGUCGGAAUUCCUGGCUGGGGAGACAGCGGCUGGAUCGCGGCGCUGUCGGUGGUGGGCGGGCACAUGGCCGUGGCUGUCAUCAUGAUGGUGGUGGCCGCCUUCUUCACGCUCUGCGCCGUCCUCUCCCUCUUCCUCCUCAAGCAGGUGCAUUCCCUGUAUCGGCGCACGGGAGCCAGCUUCCAGAGGGCCCAGGAGGAGUUUUCCCAAGGCAUCCUCACCAACAGGAGCUUCCAGAACGCAGCAGCUGGGGUGGCCUCCUCGGCUGCACAGAAUGCUUUCCGGGGAAAUUAACCCCUUUCCCAGGAAAUCCAGCCCUUCCCAGGAAAUCCAGCCCCUCCUGGGCUGCCUCCCUCUCGCUUCCUCUGCCCUCAUCUCCCCAAACUUCUUUUAUUUUUUUUUUUUUUUUCUCUAAAAAUGCACUUUUUGGGGGUACCACGUGAGCUCUGUGAUGCCGACACUCCUGAUGAGGAGAGGGAUUUUUUCAGAUUCAGCUGAGCUACGGUUUGGAUGAUUGGUUUUCCCUGUCCUGUUUUAGGGUGUGGGGAGAUGGGGGGAAGACAUUCUCUGAGGCAAAUAUUCCUCUCUCCAGGACCUUCUGGGUGUUUGUCUCUUCCUCCCCUCACUCUGUCUGUAGCAGGAAGAUGAGGGGAAGCAGGUUUUUGAUUUUACUCUCUCUCUUCUCUCGGCCUUUGCUACGAAGAAUUUGAUUAUCUGCUGUUUUGGGAGGGUUUUGUAACGUGCAUGUAGUUGAUGUCGUUAAUUUUAAGAACUGAAACUGUACUUUUGGAUUAUUACACUCACACAAUGCUGUAUUUUGUCCUCAUAACUGCUGGGGCUUCCUGAGAGCCAGGCUAACGUGACACAAAGGAAAAUCUGGGAGCAGAGGGGGGGAAUGUGUGGGGGGAUUUAUUUCCCCUGGUCCCCCCAGGGCACAUCCCUCGCUUCCACGAGGAUCCUGCAGGUGCAGCCCUGGGCAUGGAGAGGGGGAGAAGGGAUCAGUGGAGGCUGAGUCUUCUCAGUGGCUUGAAACCAGGAGAGGGAUGGGAAAAAGGAUUUUGGUUUGGCUCCCAGCUCCAGGUUGGGGCAGCUGUGCCUGUGACACCCUUCUCCAGCUAACCUUGAACGAGUCUUUCUCCAGGGAAGGCUCCUCCCUGCCUUCCUCCUCACGACUUUGAUUUGUUUUUAGCUGGGAAGGAGCUCUUUUGAUGUGUGUCCAGCUGCAUCCCGAGCUGGGAUGUCCCCUGGGAUGCGGGUGAGGGGUGGAUGGGGGCAGACUCACACCUCUCCCUCCUUCAGCCCCGUGCUUUGGGUGUCGUGGUUUGGGUGCCCCCGUGGAGGGGGUUUCAUGCGGAUUUGGCUUUGUGGUGCCCCUCUGCCAGGGCGGGGGUUGUAUUAGCCCCCCAUCCUGUGCUGGCGAGGGGCGGCGGGGGAGCGCUGGGUACAGAAAUCGGUAUUUUUACACCCUUUUCCUCCUGUAUUAUUGUUUGGAUUUUUUUUUUUUUCCCCGAGUCUGAUCUUUU